GAACUAAUGGCAAAUUGGCAAUGGCCUCAGGCCAUCCUUGUGAUGUCAAUAAGAUGCCGGCAUGCUUAAUUGAAAGCAGGUUCGCUUGAUUUCAACUUGGUCUAGGCCUGCUACGCACUUCAUGCUCUACGCCCAACCAUGAACAAGCUUAGAAAGCCCAAGCCACCAGCCACGUAUCACAGCGCAUCGUCAAGUACCCAAACAGCUGGAUCUAGCGUUAACCAAUGUUUGCUGUCUGUCCAAAGCAAACCUCCAGUAUCGAGAACGAUGCAGAUCGCGAGUGCUUCACUUGUGGUGGAAAGAACCUCUACAUCUAACAACAUGCUGGAAUGUCGUAAAACGACAUGGUACUCUUCACCUGCUGCUGCCAAGCCUCGCACAUUCGUCGAGCAGUACUGGGCUGCGCGUGCACUGGUGGCUGAAACGGUGCUGACAACGCGUGUUCAGCAUCAGAAGGAAAUGGCGGAAGUGAGGCUAGGGAUGGAAGAGAAGCGGACGAAUCAAUUUGCGGCUUUCCUGCGGCGAGCGAACAACGGCAGAGCAGGCUCGAAAAGUUCGUCGUGCGUUGCAUUAACUUGCUUGUGUUCCUGUGUGCAGCUCACUUUAUUCAUUCAGGCAGCCCUUGUAGCAUGUUUUAUGCUUCUCUUCCUUGCGUUGAUUUACAUACUGCUGCGUGAUUCCCCGAAAUCGAAGGGUACCUCGCACUUUACGAUCCCGAUCCUCUCUCCGUUCACCUCAGUGGUAAGCUCUGUUAAUCGCCGUUGCAAAGUUUGGAUCAUUUCAAAUGGAACUAGGUUGAACAUGAAACGGCAUUAUCAGUGCGAGAUCCGUAUCAAUCUUUAUUGUCGUUCUAGGUAUCUUAUCAUAUGCCAUCUUCCGACAUUUGUUGUCAAAAAAAAGAUAGUCCGUCGUGUUGUAAUCUAAUACGUGGCUGACGUAGUCAUGAGGACCACGGAUCACGACUGCGCAAACUAAUCCCAAGCUAUCCUGGGUCGUGGAGGUUAUGAGGACUAUUUUUUGCAAAGGGCACGUGCAUACAGUAGUGGCGGAUUGCAUGCCUAUUUCUCGUAUGUAUUGAAUCCAGGUUGACUUUAAGAGAACACGAAUAGCUAGCACUGGAGGAUGACUGAAAAUUAAAAGAUAAACCGAGCAAGUGGUUCAGUUGGUUUGGAUCGUGGAG